AUGGACUCUUCAAACCCAACAGCCACCCAUGGCAUGUCCAUCAAUGUCUAUGGACAUGGUGACGCCGCCCUCGGCGACUCCCCAUCCCACAUGGGAAUUGCCGUGUAUGAGAUCGGCUCGACAACCUGCGAAAUGCAUCAUAUUCGCAACCCAAACGACACUGAUUUCAUCUAUGACCCGCGCACACAGCAUUUUGAAGAUCCAGUACUAAGAGGCCGUUGUGAGAUUGCCACCUUCUCCAAGGACCAAAAGGAGCGCGCAAUCCGUCUGUUUUCUGCUUUUGGUCAGGAUGAAUCGAAUAUCCCAGAGUUCGGAAUUGGCAACUGUCAAGACUGGGUGGCUGCGGCAGCGUUGAUGCUGGAACAGGCUGGCAUUCUCAAACAAGGGGAAGGGGCUUUCUGGAAAAGCAUGAUUAACUCGAGUGCCGACGAAAUGCGAGAUAGUUGUCUUCGAACCGGAAGAGGAUGGAUCGCGGGGCCCGAGUCGACAUUCGAAGGCGAGCCCGAUGCGCGGUUCAACGACAAGGCUACAGUGCAGGUUGGCAAGCUGGCGCAGAACCCUUUGUUUCAGGCACGAAUGCAGUCGCUGCUGGGUGGUCAGCAGCAGAGCCAGAAGUCAAACUCCCAGGAACCCCCGGAGCGACCUUUUUAUGUUUCGAGUCCGUUUUUUAGUCGCACGAACAUGGAAGGUUGA